UUCUGCUCCCACUUUCAUCAUCAUGCGGUGUCUCUGCUUGCUUCUCCUCUUCACAAUCUCCCGGGUGAAGACUGAUGCCACGCAGGCCUCGAUGGAGAAGCCCGACUUCAUCUUGAUUAACAACGUGCUGGCCACAAAUAACAGACUCACUGCUCUCUGUGUAAUGGACGGCUCUCCCGGUAAAGUAACGUGCACCUUGUACGUGGGAAACACCUCUGUGACCACCGAGACUACGACUGGAAACACGUGUGAGUUUGAGGUGACCAGGAGACAACUGGAUGAGGACACAGGCAACUUCAAGACACUGCAGCUGAGCUGCGACUAUCAGACCAACCAAGAAACUGGGGGUCAACUCUCGCCCCGCAGUGACCCUAAAGAAGUGCUGCUAUUAGGUCCUUUAGAGAAAGCCAUUCUACGGGUGACACCGAGGUCCACCUCUCUGAAGAAGACGAUUCGUGUCUCCUGUGAAGUGAAAGGAUCCCACGCUGGAGUGAAGUGCCAGCUGUACGGUGACAAGAUCCCACUCAAGGAUGGACGGUGCAGCUGGAAUAUGACCUGGGGGGAGCUGAUGAGGUGGACCGGGCCUGGACAGGUGCUGCUGACCUGCGAUUACACACUGGAUGUGUGGAAAAGAUUUCCAGAGGCCGAAGGUCAUUUUGAGAGACGCAGUAACUCAGUGACAGUGACUGUGAUAAACAGAAGGAAACCGGGACAACAGAGACGAACGACACAGGCAGUGAAAGAGAAAAGGCCGGAAGAUCUGGGACAUGUCAUCUAAAGCGCCCCCCCCCCCACCCCACUUCUGUCCACCUGGAAGUCAGCAUUCCCCCUUGGACCAGCUUCAGAUCCGGAUGGCUUUUUUCUUUUCACCCUUUGUUUAUGCACGUUUUGUUCCUUUCUUUCUUUUGUCGUCUGGAUCCUUUUAUUAAAUGGGGCAUCUUGUGAGA